AUGUCCCAGUGCUGGUGCAGGCAGGUCCUGCUCGGUGUGGAACUGGGCAUGCUGGUGGCGGUGCUGGUGGCCAGCAGUGCAGAACAGGUCCACGACAGGAGGGAAGCAGGGUCGUCCUGCUAUGGAGGGUUUGACCUGUACUUUGUUUUGGACAAGUCUGGCAGUGUGCAACAUUACUGGAAUGAGAUUUAUUACUUUGUUGACCACCUGGCUCACAAGUUUAUCAGUCCUCAGCUACGGAUGUCUUUUAUUGUGUUUUCAACAGAAGGAAGGAUUCUCAUGGCACUAACAGAAGACAGAGAGAAGAUUCGGGCUGGACUGGAGGAGCUGAGCAUGGUGCAUCCAGGUGGAGACACCUUCAUGGACAGAGGUUUUGAAAGAGCCAGCGAGCAAAUAUAUUACGGGACUGGAUAUGGUUACCGGACAGCAAGUGUUAUCAUCGCCCUGACGGAUGGUGAACUGAGGGAAAAUCAGUUUGACCAGGCACAAAGAGAGGCCGGCAGAGCACGCCAGCUGGGCGCCACUGUGUACUGUGUGGGAGUAAAAGACUUCAAUGAAACCCAGCUUUCAACGAUAGCUGACAGUAAGGACCAUGUCUUCCCGGUGAAUGAUGGAUUUGAUGCGCUACAAGGGGUCAUUGACUCGAUCCUGAAGAGAUCAUGUAUUGAGAUCCUGGCUGUCGAGCCCUCCAGCAUCUGUGAAGGAGAAUCUUUCCAGGUGGUCGUUAAAGGAAAUGGUUUCCUUCACGCCCGAGACGUACAGAAGGUUCUCUGCAGCUUUCGCAUCAAUGAAACAGUUACUUUGAUGAAAAGACCAUUGGUGGUGAGAGAUACCUACCUGUUGUGCCCAGCUCCUGUUCUGGAAAAAGAGGGAACGUCUGCCACCCUCCACGUCAGCAUGAAUAAUGGCCUGAGCUUCAUAUCGAGCUCCGUCACAAUCACUGCAGUCACGUGUUCUGAUGGGACCUUUGUGGCCAUCGCUCUGCUCAUCCUGAUGCUCCUGCUUACCAUCAUUCUGCUAUGGUGGUUCUGGCCUCUCUGCUGCACCGUGGUCAUCCAUGAGCCCCCUCCUCCAGUAAUAGAGGACCUCUCUGAUGACGAAGAUGGUUUUCCUAAGAAGAGGUGGCCUACAGUGGACGCCUCGUACUACGGAGGACGUGGAGUCGGAGGCAUCAAGAGAAUGGAGGUCCGAUGGGGUGACAAAGGCUCCACUGAAGAAGGAGCCAAAUUGGAAAAAGCUAAAAACGCUCGUGUUGUGAUGCCCGCAGAGGAGUUUGAGGAGUUUGAUCGGCCUUACUACAACGUGCACAAAUCUACCCGGCCCCAGAAGUGGUACUCUCCCAUCAAGGGCAAACUGGAUGCUUUGUGUGUAUUCCUGAGAAAAGGCUACGACAGAGUGUCUGUGAUGCGACCUCAUCCUGGAGACAAGGGCAAAUGCAUAAACUUCACCCGAAGUAAGUCCUCCCCUGCUCCUCGCUACCCGAUCUACAACCAUCCCUCCACGCCCGUCUACACUUUGCCCCACAGUUACCAGCGUCGCCCUUCAGAGGGCAGCCACGGCUUCGAUUUGCCCCCCUCGCCAACUUCAACGCUCCCCCCUCUGCCGUCCACACCUCCGCCAUCCUCCUCCUCCACCCUUCGAGACAGAGCACUGCCCCCUUCCAACAUGAGCUCAGUCUCUGCACCCCCAUCUCCAACUGGCUCCCUCCCACCGCCACCUCAGGGUCCGCCCCCAUGUCGGGCGCCGCCUCCGUCACGCCCUCCUCCACGCCCCGAUCACGAGAGCCCUUGA